AGUUGAAUAUAUACAUAUAUAAAUUUGAUAUAGACGUUUUUGGUUUUGUUUUAAAAUCGUUACGGCAAAUUUAAAGUUUAAAAAACUCAAAUAGUUUUUUGUUCAUAUUUUUUCUUUUACACUAAUUGCGGGGAUCAAUUUUUUAAGCUACUAAUUAGCUACUAAAGAUAUUUUAUUGUGAUUUAUUGCUACUAAUUAGCUGCCGUAUUCUAGUCAAUUGUGAGAUUUAAAUUUGUAUUACCAAAAAUUAUAUUUAGUUAAGUUCAUUUGAUAUUGUCGUGGUCCGUGUUUUAGUUUUAGGUAGCAUCUCUGACCAGCAACUCUGCGAAUUAGAAUUUCUUUGGAACUUCAAUCUAGUGAAUUAGUCUAGUUUCUUUGAAAGAUGGCUGGUAAUGGUCAGCUUUUGAUUGUGUCCGUUUUGAGAGAAUUUGUUACGGUAAAGAAGUGUUUUGCAGCGUUAAUAAACAAGAAUAAGAAUAAGUGAGGACUAGUAAUGAUAGUUGGCGUGGACAGUAUAAUAUAAUUCACAAUUAAAGGUCGGUGUUUGUAUAUAUGUAUACACAAAUGUAACUGAGAAAUUGGCAUUAGUUAUUUGAAAUUUGACACUUAGAAGUGUUAACUUUUAGUAAUAAUGAAGAAUUGGCAAAUAAUAACUGUCUUGUUAAUAAAAUCGUGUUUGAAAAAUGAAGCAAUAAAAUAUUCGGGUAAAAAAAAAAUAUUCCAAUUUGAAAAAGGUACGACGAAAAAGGCUGCCGAAAAUGGAAAUUUGGAAUAUUUAAAAUAUGCUCAUGAAAAUGGAUGUGAAUGGGAUAAAGAUACGACUGUUGCAGCUGCUGCUAAUGGGUAUUUAGAAUGUUUAAAAUACGCUCACGAAAAUGGAUGUGAAUGGAACGGAGAUACAACAAAGGCUGCUGCUGCUAAUGGGUAUUUAGAAUGUUUAACAUAUGCUCAUGAAAAUAAAUGCCCGUGGAAUGAAAGUACAACAGAAGCAGCUGCAAAUCGUGGUAGUUUAGAAUGCCUAAAAUAUGCUUAUGAAAAUGGUUGUAAGUGGAAUCAAUUCGAUAUCAUAAAAAAUGCCAUUUUAAAGGGUAAUGUAGAAAUAUUAAAAUAUGUUCAUGAAAAUGGAUACGACUUGAAUAUAUACACAAUUAAUAUGGCAGUCAGAACAGGAUAUAUAAACAUUUUAAAAUAUUUACAUGAAAAUGGAUGUCCGUGGAAUGAAAGUACAACAGAAGCAGCUGCAAAUAUUGGUAAUUUAGAGUGCUUAAAAUAUGCUUAUGAAAAUGGCUGUCGAUGGAAUCAAUUAGAUAUCGUAAAAAGGGCAAUUUUAAAUAAUGAUCUAGAAAUAUUAAAGUAUGUACAUAAAAAUGGAUAUAAGUUGAAUAUUCUUACCACUUAUAUGGCUGCGAAAACAGGAUACAUAGAAAUUUUAAAAUAUUUACAUGAAAAUGGAUGUCCUUGGGAUGAAAAUACAACAAAAAUUGCUGCUUAUAAAGGUAAUUUAAAAUUUUUAAAAUAUGCUCAUGAAAAUGGCUGUAAAUGGGAUGAACGUACGACUACUGCGGCUGUCAAAAGUGGAAAUAUAAAAAUUUUAAAGUAUGCACAUAAAAAUGGAUGUCCAUGGGAUGAAAGCUUAACAGUAGCAGCUGCAAAUUAUGGUAAUUUUAAAUGCUUAAAAUAUGCUCAUGAAAAUGGCUGUAAAUGGGAUGAACGUACGACUGCAAUAGCUGCCAAAGGAGGUAAUUUAAAAAUUUUAAAGUAUGCUUAUGAAAAUGGAUGCCCAUGGAAUAAAAAUGCAACUUAUAUGGCAGCUAUAAAAGGUUAUCUAAAUAUUAUUAAAUAUUUACAUGAAAAUGGAUGUCCAUGGAGUGAAAGUACAACAAAAAUAGCUGUUUAUUUUGGUAAUUUAAAAUUCUUAAUAUAUGCACAUGAAAAUGGAUGUCCUUGGAAUGAACGUACGACUGUUGCAGCUGCCACAAAAGGGAAUUUUAAAAUUUUAAAAUAUUUACAUGAUAAUGAAUGCCCGUGGGAUGAACAUACAACUACAGCAGCUGCCAAGAGGGGUAAUUUAAAAAUUUUACAAUAUGCACAUGAAAAUGGAUGUCCAUGGAAUGAACGCACAACAGAAGCAGCUGCAAAUUAUGGUAGUUUAGAAUGUCUAAAAUAUGCUUAUGAAAAUGGCUGUAAGUGGAAUCAAUUGGCAGUCGUAAAAAGUGCUAUUGUUAAGGGUCAUUUAGAAAUUUUAAAAUUUGUUCAUGAAAAUGGAUGUAUAUUAGGUGAAGGCUUAACUAAAACUGCUGCAGAAAGUGGUUGUAUUGAUUGUUUAGAAUAUUUACAUAAAAAUGGUUGCAAAUGGGAUGAAGGCACAACUCUAGCUGCUGCAGCAAGAGGUUAUAUUAACUGUUUAAUAUAUGUACAUAAAAAAGGUUGCAAAUGGGAUGAAGGCACAACUCUAGUUGCUGCAGCCAGUGGUUGUUUUGAAUGUUUAGAAUAUGCCCAUCAAAACGGAUGUACUUGGAAUGAGGGUACAACUAGAGCUGCUGCAGCCAGUGGUUGUUUUGAAUGUUUGAAGUAUGCCCAUCAAAAUGGAUGUAUUUGGGAUGAAGGAACAACUAAAGCCGCUGCAGCGAGUGGCUGUUUAGACUGCUUGAAAUAUGCGCAUGAAGAGGGAUAUAAUUGGGACGAAGAUACAAUAGCUGUAGCAGCUUUGCAUGGUAAAUUCGAUUGCCUAAAAUAUGCCCGUGAACAUGGAUGUGAAUGGGUUGAAGGUACCAUGAGAGGGGCGGCAGCAAAUGGACAUUUAGACUGUCUAAAAUAUGCCUAUGAAAAUGGGUGUCCAUGGGACGAAGGUACAACAAGGGAAGCCGCUGCGAGUAAUUAUAUUUUCUGUUUGAUAUUUGCACAUGAAAAUGGAUGCAAAUGGGAUAAAGGAACCAAGAGUGGAGCUACUGCAAAUGGCCAUUUAGACUGCUUAAUAUAUGUUCAUGAAAAUCAGUGUCCGUGGGACGAAGGCACAACAAGACUUGCUGCUGCAAAUGGUCAAUUUCGUUGCUUAAAAUAUGCUCAUGAAAAUAAUUGUCCAUGGAGUAGCGGUACCAUUUAUGAAGCAACUCAAAAUAGUUAUACUAAUAUAAUUAACUAUGCUACUAAUAAUGGCUGUCCUAAUUAAUGUUCUAUUGAAAUAUCGUCUUUUACUAUAAUUAUUAAGUUGGAUCUUUACAUUAGUUUUAAAAUAAAUUAACUUGAUCUUUAAUGUGUAUUGAUUAAUUUUAUUGAUAGAAUUAUCGAUAGUUUACUUGCUUAUAAAAAUCUUUUUUUGAAAGUAUAACCAAAAUAUAUUUUUUCUUUUAUGUCAGUAUAAACUGACAAAUUUUUAACACGCUCAUACUAGUUUUACCUGUACGUAUGUAUAUUUGUAUGUAUGUUUGUAACUCUCUACGUGUCACGUGUUAUUAUUCUCGCGUAUCCCGUCGCCUAUGGCCUUGAGACUAGACUGUCAUAACGCAUUCACCCCACCCCGUUCACCACACGCCGUAACACUAUUCCUGUAUAAUUUUAUUUUUGGUUUUUG